GUUUGAAAAAACAGUACAAAAUGAAUAUGCGCAGACUGUAACUCAAGUUUGCUUUUGAUUAUGUGUAAAUGAUUUUUGAUGAUUUUUUAGAUGAUUUUGAUAGAUGAUAAAGCGGUUAAAAACUCAGUGAGUCAAAAACAAUUAAAGAGAUUAGGUACUUGCCUAGGAUCAGAUCAGUCAUACGUGUAUAAAAGAUUGCUAAUAAUUUUAUAAAUUAAAAUAUUUUUAAUUUCGAAAAUAUAUUAAGGUAUUUAGAGGUUUCGAAAUCGACGUGUGUUUAUAGGGCUUCGCACACAAAAUUUCCAUAAGCAUAAAAUAAGGUGUAGACCAAUCAGAGCAGGUUUAUAACUCCGUAAAAUAUUAUGGACGGCUCAUUGUCCUAAAUCUUACGUUAUACUUACGGAAGUUUUAUAUAUAAAUUUUAUAUAUAAAACACCAUAUAUAAGUUUUAUAUAAAAAACAAAGAGUUCAGACGGGAUCCAUCGGUGAAGAAAUAGUGAGAAGAGGAUAGAAGUCUACUAAUUAAAAAGGUGAAAGAACUGCGAGGAUACAAUUUUGAGAGUUUUUGGUGGUUCUACCAAAGGAGCUAUUGACUUCUAUAUUAAAAGUUUAAGCUGGGUAAUCAUACUGACAAUAAAGAGAACAAUUCUAUAUAAUAAUCUUCUAUUGACUUGAUUCUGUCUAGCGGCACAUCAUAUCUCCUUGAUUUACUCCGAAAUUAAAAUUUAAAAUACAAUAUAUGCGACCCCUCGUGGUAGAAUUGGUAACAUAUCGACCUCGGUCGAUAAUGUAGAAACCACAGAAUCUUCUCAUCGUUAUAACCGAUUGGACAUGCAGAGAUGAGCUGGCGGCGGACGUGGUUCCUUACGUCUAACCCACUGAGCUUGCUCGAUGGAAAAGCAUGGAGAUUGUAGCAUUGAAUAUCGUCCCUCGGAACUGUUAUUAAAGAAUUCGCAUUAGUUCGAAUUUUCGCCGAUAAGAAGGCAGCACCUCCUGGGCAUGCUAAGUGGCUGAUCAUCUUUGAAGGAACGAGUGAACUUUUGCUGUUGAAAAAGGAAUCCGAUAAUGCUUAAAAAAUGACAAUUCAUAAUUUUACAGAAAAUAUUCAAAUUUUGUAAAAACUACGUAUGUUGGAGGUUAUGCAAUGAAAAUAGCAGAGGUUUCAGCACAUAGCAAAGAAAUUCAGAAGAAAAAAACUCGGAAAAUUUGUGAUAAUCUUAGAAACGGUCUGGUUAUAGUUUUUCAAAGAAAUGUUUUCACCAGGAAAACUAGUGAUUAUUUGUGAAGCGUGUGGUAUACACGAGACAGAAACAUACGAAUUUUUAUCUUUCCAUUUUCAAGGUUGCGCAUAUGUCCAAAAUCCUUUAAUGGAAUAUAACUAGAUUACAGCCAACGUAUAUCGGGAAGCCCAUUCAUCUAAGUAAGUUCCGGAAAGUUAGUAGUUCCUAUAAAAGGUGAAAAAUAAGGCAGAUGUGGAUAUGAAGAGACUUUAAUGUGGUAGUUAACACUGCUAUAUUAACUUAAUACUCUAGAAGCGCUAUUACAAAAAGAAAAUUAUAAUAAGUAACUUCAACUUUUAACCAGGUGUGGCUUGAUAGAGUUUAAUUAUUUUCGAUUCGUCAAAAAAUACAUUUUACUUAUCGACCGAAUACAGCUGUACACUCUAUGUAUUUUCAUCAGUUCAUCAAAAAUUUGCCGUAAUAAAAAAUAAAUAUUUAAUUUAAAAAAAAUAUAAUUUUGUUUCAAUGACAAAGCAUUAACCGAUAAAAUACUCACGGUUGAAUAUUAAACCUGCAGUAAGAAUGCCGGCUGUUCUAAAUACUCACAAGAAAAAAUGUAGACAGUUUACUGUAAUGCAUUAAACACGGCUAGUCUUCAAUAUUUAAUGGCUAAGUAGCAAUGCAACUGAACGGCCACAACGUCCCAGUUUCAAUUUUCUAUUAAAUCCCAUUUUUGCUUAAUGUAAAAUAUUGGAGGACAACGGCUAAUAGUAACACACAGAAUAUACAGGGUUGGAGGAACCUCGAAUUCAGAGUUAUAUACAUAUUUUCGAUGUAAAAGCACAUAUUCUCAAUGUAAAAUGUCGUAAGACUCGAAUUCUUGGUCUCGAUAUAACCACAUUAUACGCAGAAAAACUCAGAUGGUUCAACCAACCCGAUUCACUGACGUGUAUGGUAAAGGCGAAACAACACAAUGCACUUCUGACUUCACGCGAUCGCAUUACCAUCCAAGCUGAGACGCGACUAGAAUGCAGGAAACGACAAUUCAACAGAGUUCGUCCUCGCUUCCACAGUGUCUGUUUCUACCUGAGACCGUCUGCUUGCACGCGCCUAAGGAAGCACGUACGUGUAUACAUUGUCAAGAAAACUACGUCCUCGCCAUAUACCGUCACCGUGUGUGGACGCAGAGGAGCCAAUCGCGCAUGCGCCUGACAGGUAAAGCCUUGCGCCUUGUAAAAGCAACAAGUAGUCUUUGGUCCUUUUCCUUUCAAAUUUCAAAGAUCCCGCAGUCGAAGUUCGGUUGCUGGUCAUUGGUUGAUCGCAAGACAGCCAAUGCGAUAGGUAGUUUUGAGGUGAGUGGUCGAGAGUGGAAGGAAAUAAAAAAGUAAAACCCGCCAAGGAAGAAGGUAGUGCGAGACUUUCUUCGUUGUAGCCGGCAAUCGGGAUGCUACGCAGCCCUGUCGUAGAUUGCCGCCGUGUCGUGCGUGGCUGCCUAUGUGUACUGAUAUACGCCAAUGAAGAGUGGUACUGAGGUGCGGCGUGGCUUCUCCGUUCAGAACGAGUUGCAGCUUUCGUUGCUGUUACCUGCUCGAGUCCAGCAGUCGUGUCGCGACUCGCGUGCAAUGUUGUGUGUUCGUUCGCGAUUGGUGUGAACGUGUAGCCUUGACGGGCGCCAACGAUCCAGCUAGCCAGCCGGCCAGCCAACACAAUACGUACCUAGUUACAUGGGACGUCUAGGUGUGGAUAAAAUACACCUAGAUUGAAUUCUCACGCUUUGAACUACGUUGAGACGUUUAAAGCCUGCAGGAUUCUGACCGACCGGCGGUAAUAAGAGAAUCGACUGGACUCGGUCGGAAAGACGUUUCCAUCCGGUAAACAGGACUCAGUCUGCGGGACAAUUGGAUAUUUCUAUUAUGCUACCCAGGUACGGUGAUUGUCCGUACGGAUGUUCCUUGUGGUAGAAUUGUGUCUCGUACACCAUGUCCACGAUCGACGUGGUUCGUCAGGCUGCCCAGCAAUCCAGUGUCAAUACUCCUGACGAGGACGAUGAGCACCACGGGAGAACGAAGAACGAGAUUCAGUAUACCAGGAGACGCGGACAGUUCAAGUCGACGGCCGAGAACUCUGCUACUCAGGGCCGUAAGUGCGCGAGAUGCGGUGCCCUCUUUGCUAGGUUUCAUAAUACUGGGGCACAGUGCCCCCGAUGCAGGCAACGAGUGUGCCAGCAGUGUCGAGAGAACAACAGAGCCCAAGGCGACAAGGGAAACUUCUUUAACGACUGGAUUUGCUCCGAGUGCUAUGAACUAUCUGAGCUCCGUGUCGUCAGGGACGGCUGGAUGAUCGAUGGCGACAGUAAGAAAACUGUCGGAAGGAAGUCCUCACCCUUAGAUAUAUUGAAACGCAGCAUCCGACGCUCCUGGACCAUUAACGGACCGCCAAAUCGCUGGUCCGCUGCCAGAAAAUCUCAGGAGCUACGAGCUUAUCGCAGCCUUCCUAUCAGGCGUCAGGAUUACAGAGAUAUUGUGGGUGAGUCCUCGUAUCCCAGAAUCACGAACGAAGAUCUAGCGAAGGACCAAGAGUACCUCACUGGAUCGAACGAAUGCGCGACUAUCAAAGGAAACGAAAACUUUACUGUCUAUAAAAAAGAGGACGAAGUGCCAUCGAACGAAAUUACAAAAACUAAGAAAAACGAUAACCAAUCAAAUAAUGUUCUUAAUAUUAAAUCUGGGGAGGAUCAGACUCCUCCUCGAGUAUCCUUAAUAAAACCACCAAGGAUCCUAACAAAGGCUGCUACGCCGGAAAACAAGCAAUUCGUUAAACAUGGCGAGAGAAAGUCAAAUAUUCCCAUACUUCGAAGAAGUUCCAAGGAGUUUGAGGACCUCAGGAGUCCUCAGGAGUCCGCGAAACGAUCCUUGAUCCCCCAAAGAUAUCGAGGCAGCACAGACGACCUCAGAAGAAGUCGCGAGGAUAUCAGUGUCCCUAGCUUGAUACCCAAGUUAUUCGCUCCCCGGUUCAAGGAGGACAGACUGAAACGUCAAGACAGCCGAGAUGAAAUAUCUCCUAGGACUAAGGACGAUAGAUUGAAGCGCCAAGAUAGCAGGGACGAGAUUCGCCACACGUCAAAGGCGAAUCGAAGGGAUUCAAAGGACUCGAAGGAAGACUCUAGGUCCUUUCAGUUUUGUCAAACUGGCAGGGAGGAGAGUAAGACCGGGAUAAGGAUCUUUCGACGAGACAGUCGUGAGGACGUGGGUAGAGAUACUUUAUGCCUGAGUGUCAGCGUCGGCGUCUUAAGGGGGAAGCAAAGCAGCAAGGAGGAUAGACUCGAAAGAACGGAGGAACGCGUGGGUGAGGAAUCGAGAUCGAAGCCGUUUGCCAAUGAGCAAACUGGACCAGCUAUCAGGAAUUCGAAAAAGGACAUUGUAGAAAGUUCUGAGAGUAAAAACGUGAAGAACGAAACGGUGAAUAACGAAACGAACGAAAUUGCGAACAGCGUCGAGGAAAUGAAGGCAGUUAAGAAUCCGCAGGACAUGGCAGACGAGCCGAAGCUUGAGCAGUUCAACGAUGCUGAGACAAACGCGCUAGGUGAAGCUAUGACAACUGAGGAAACGAGUCAAGCUGAUCUUUCGGAUAAGAUGAAAAGUGAAAACUCGAAUAAUUGUAAAUCGGAAAAGAUGGGUGAUUUUUCGGGAUCCGUUGGAACUCUUGAUGCCAGUGAGGGUAGUGACUGCGUUGACUUGGAUGUCGUUGCUGUCACCACUCCUGAGAAACGUACCAGCUUUGAUCCACUUCAGGGAAAGAGAAUAGAUGAGUUUCAGGUGGUCCGAAGGAAGUUCUCAAAGGAAGAGUUCUCCAACCCCGACGAUACGGAUGAUACACCGAACAGGCGUUGCUCCAGCCACUUAUCACCAGAAGCAAGUCCCCUGAGUACAAGAUCAUCCAGGUACAGUCCUCGUGAAAGCGAAAGUGAACCCACGCCAGCCUUGCCACGCAAAACAGCCUGUGGUGACUCCUUCCUGUCUUCUCAGCGAAUAAGAGACGCCAUCACAAGAACACGAAGAGAAUCUAAUAGCAGCGCGAGAUACGAAAGCAGCGGAAGUGAAAGUGUCAAACUCAGUGAAUCCGGUCUGCAUGGGUACACAGAUUUAGCAAGAAGAGUUAAAUUCACUGGAAGUGGUACAGGUCAUCUAACCGGAAAUGACGAAGUAGUACAACGAGACAGCGCCACCAGCGCAGGAGAAGACGAGCCUCGCGACGAUUCUCAUAAUCGGGAUCCUAGAGGAGGUCCUGGCUGCAACCAAGGCAGACCGAUACUCCGCAGACGUAGGCAGUUCGACUCGCAGGGUUCACGGCGCAGAGGAAGAUCGCACGCCAGGGGUUGCACAGAGGAAUUACAGAGUCUCCAGACGCUCCAUGUAAUCAGUCGAGGUGGUCAUCGGCCGCAUAGUCCGUCGGGCGUUCAGGGCCAGGGUCAGAAUCCGGAGCAGCCUAUAGUAGACUAUCGUCGUCUAGUCUUCAUCAGCUCGGACUCCUCGUCAGGACGCGAGGAAGACGACGCUGACAGCAGUUCCGGUUCCUCCUCGCUGAACGGGUUGCCCCGGGGUACCCAUGUUCAGGGAUUGGAGGACUGCGAUUGGGAUUACUUUGAGAGUGGUGCCAUUCCUUUGCCUGCUGGUAUAGCCAUUAACGUAGGGGGUGGUAACAUCGGUAACGAGAACGUCCCUCAGGAUUGGAGCUGCUGCCCUGGACGAGGGUCAUCUGCCUGUCAAGCUUGUGGCGGCUCCCGUGGUGCUAAUGUACUUCCGGUACCAGUACCUAUCCCGGUUCCAGUUCCUUAUCCUGUGCCGAUUCCUGCCGCUCUGUGGACUGGAGAGUUUGCUGCGUCGUCGAUGAUCAGCUGUGGAACCUCAGCGGAAGGAACACUACGAUUAAGGGGCGAUCCUGCGGCUUCCUGGUUUACUUGGCAUCCGAGAUUUAAUAAUCCUUUACAAGGUACCAGAAUAGAUCCGAGACUUACAGCUGCAUCUUUCGUUCCUGUCACGUUCUCCUUUGGUCCGGAAGUCAGUACGGGGUUUUCUAGCGAAGCUACUGAAACAAAACCUCCCGAAACAGGCACCUCCACCUGCGCUACCGAACCAAAUAAUCCUGUUUCUGAAACUUUUUCUAAAGUGAAUGAGAGUGGUACCACUAAUUCGGAGACUACGAAGGAUGAGACGACUCACUCUGGUACCUCCGGAAGUAACAAAGAGGAACAGCCGAGUUCUUUGAAGGACCAGCACAGUCUUGAGGACGUAGCUGCUGAAGAUAAGGAUUGUAGAAAGAAAGAGGAGGACGAAGAUAAGGCUCAGAAUUCCUUAUCGUCCUUUAAGUGUGAAAGUAGAAGUCAGAAAAUGUAUAGGCACUCGAGGGGAGACUCCGGGAGCUCUUCGGGAAGGUCUUCCGCUGAUAGUAGCGACCUCGAGGACUCCGCGUCUCACCACUUCUCCCGUGUCUUUGUUGUGAACGACGACUCCUUGACCAGCGAUAACGACAUCGAGGACAACGAGGAUUCUGAUUCAGCCAGAGAAGGUGGAAUCACAUUGAGAAGGGUUACAGCCUUACCGGAAAAUGAACCAGUGAUUUUACGUCAUGUCAGACUCCUCGACGAAGACAUGGGGAUUGAUAAGACUCGCCAAGAACAGGAAUCGAAUGAUUCCGAUACUAGUUCGGAUGAGAUGUCAAAGAAACGUGACAGGACUUCUUCGGAAGAUUCUGCGGCUGUAGUCGAUAGUCCAGCUAGCGACAGAGGUUUACAAGCUGGAGGAACCAAUGAAAAUCAAAUACUCAGAAGAUACAAUUUAGAAGCCAGUGAAACUUAUGUGGCUGACACAAAGAAUUCCUGCGACGAUCAAAUUCGUUUAAAGUCCAUCAAGAUACUCGAUCCAGAUAGCAUUGACUCUACCACUAGUUACACUCUUGCUGGAAAAAGUUUGCAGGAACACUAUUCAUCUAGUUGUAGCAGUGCGAUAAGUAAAGGACACGUGCCGUUGACUGAAUCAGUAAGCCAUAAGGUAUCUGUGACUGAUUGGAACGGUGCCAUAGUACCGGAUUCUCUAGAAGUCAUGGAAUCUUCCGAUAUUGUCCAUCCAACGAAACCGGACGGUACAGCGAACGAGGGUAACCAGGAAAUACGUGGCGACAUCUGUGAACGAGAAGUCGAAUCUGAUUUACCAAUAAAUUGCGAUAGAGGUACAUCACGAGCAGAUAAGACGAUAUCUGUAUCAUUGGCAUUAUCAGCCGCAGUACACGAUGAAAGUCUGAACGGAAUAAUGUCUAAUACGAGUACAUUAGGAAUUUCAAGCGCAAGUAGUGAAACUAAUACUGGUAGCGAGGUGAGCAGCGAUGAACUACAUGAAUACGAGUUAUCACCAGGAACAGGAGCCGCAUUCCUCUCGGAAGGAGAUGACCGAACACUCUCUGCUGUGAACAAAGAACUUCUAUUCAGAAGAUCCAAUCUCCCUUCGAUCAUUGACAAGGACGUACCGGAUGAGCAGCCUGAAAGUCUUCAAACACCUGCGCCUGACAAGGAAUACCAGCCAUCUACAAACGAGUCGAGUGAAUCAAAAAUAAAUCAUCAAACCGAAAGUGAAUCCACUUCGGGACUCCAUUCAGAGAAUUCAGAUGAUCUCGAGCCCGAUUCCGAUGGACAAAAAGUGUUAACAGUUACCCAAGAAAAGGCAGAAUCAGCUGAAAGGAAAGGUAACGAGGAGUGCGAGCCAGUUAAAUCAAGUGCGGAACCUGAUAAAAGUCACAAUGUGAACGAUAUAAUAUCCAGCAAGAUUCAUGAGAUUUUCAAGAGUGUAGAAAGCUGCCAUGGUAAGGUAGGUGAGGUGAACCACGUCCCGAAAGAGACUACGUCGUUGGCAGCGCAUGACGAAAGCCGGCCGGUGAGAGGCGAGCGGCCCGACUCACGGCAGGUGGGAGGAAGUAGGGAUAUCGAAGGUGGUGGAUGUGUCGGUAGUGGUAGUAUCAACACCAGCAGUAGUGGUAACGGUAGUAGUAUUAGCACUGGCAGCGCCAGAGAGACGGAUCGCGGAAUAGCAAGGUUUCGCUCAGUCGAGCGACGCCCGCCUACGCGGAAGGAUGGCGUCUCUUCUGGUUUGUCGUCGAGUGAUUCCGCAAGAGAUUCAGCGAACUCUUCCUCGAACAAAUAUAGGAGCCUCGUGAUGAUCACGCAAGGUGCUUAUCAGCCAGUGAGCGUGGUCACUUCAGAUACGACUACGCUCCUGCAACCUGACGAAGAGGGCCACGGCGUCGCGACACCUCAAGGACUGGCCGGAUACUUCCAGCUGGCGCUUGAGACUACUGCUGAAAGUCCUAGAGGAGGGAACGGCCCCAGGAGGCCUCUUAUGGUCAAACGACCCCAGCAGAAUCAACAGGAACCAGAGGCUGAUAGUGGUCUCAGCGUUGGGAGUGCCAGUGAGAGCGAUGACGUGCAAUCUGUGAAAAGCCUUUCUAGGAUCGUUCAAGCUGCCUCGGGCAAUGAGCAGCACUCACCUUCGAGACCGGAGUCCGAGACAAGCCCUCGUGUACGUGGUUCUCCUAUCAAUUCUACAAGUAACGGUGUUGUGAUACUCGAAGAGGGUCUUGCCGAUGAUGACUCUUGGGUCGAGGAAGUUUCCCACGACGAAGAAGAACAGGGUGCCACCACGGCUACCGAAGAGAGUUCCGAGGAUGAAGCUAAUAAUCUUGGUGAUCGCGAGGAAGAGCUCCGUGGAUAUCAUAGACAGGCUAUUGACUUUACGUUACACACUAUUGUGGAGGAAUCGUGCGAGGAAAGUGAAGCUGAGCCAAGUCUGGCUACUGGUAGUCCCAGGAAGCAAAGACCGCCCUCGGCAUCUGAGUUGGAAAAAUAUUUCUUCUUUGGUCUUGGAGAAGGUAACGUUAGUCUGGGAUCGAGAGAAGUCGACAGCCUCUCGGAGACGUCUUCAAUCUAUUCGGAAGGUCUAGAAUCGCUUGGACAGGAAGAGGCGCCAACUGCGGGUGAUAAAACUUCUGGCGAAUUUCUCAACUCUUCCAGGCUCGAAAAGUAUUUUCUAUCUGAGUUUUUAGGGUUCGAUCAGGAUAGAAGAGAUUCGGAUGGCUCCGUUGGAAGCGACUCCGAAGGUAGACCCAGUCCGGAACAGCGCAGAAAGCGCCUGGUCAGGGCUAGAGGUACUGGACGAUCCCACAGCUCUUCUCUGGAUAACCUAUUGGCUCUCGCCCAGAGUUCACAGAACCUCAGUUCACAAAACUCUCUGCAAGAUCUUAGUCUGAACGCCGACGGUCAGGAAACUCAAUCAGAAGGCUCUUCUACCGAGACGGAUGGUGCGGAGGAUCAAACUCCAGCUUUCGGUACGGAUGGUCAGUUCGAUACGGUAAAACGUAAAAAGAAAAAGCUCAGAAAUCUCGGCACGCAGAGUCCCAGAGUAACGGAAGAUAGAAACAAGACCCCCGAGCCACGGGAGAUCGUGGAGAGUCUUGAAGUCGAUCCUGAGACGGUGAAUUCAGAGGACGAAAGAUCCAAGACCCCACAACCAGAGGCAGCUCUGUUCUCAUCGUCCUCUUCGCAAGCUGAACAGGCACGUAACCCGAUCAUUCCUGGAGAGGUAAUUUCGGCCAGGAACAAACAACAAUCUCGAGAUUCAGGGUUCAUCGGAAGCUGUGAUGAUUUGCUACAACACCAGAAGACUACUGGAGACAGUCUAUUGUCAGGAAAUCAGGAAGCUAAGGAUUGUUCUCAGAAUGCAGAAAACGAAAGUGCACAACGUGUGAAAAAUAAUUCCGCAAGACCGGAGGCGCCUUUGGGUCAAUCGUCGUUAGCACCCCCACCGAAUGCUUCUCUCUCGAGAAAGGACAGCUUCAACAACUGGUCCAGCGAUGAGGAAACGAACUUGAUGAUGUCCAAGAUGCGUCAAUUUUUCAAGACCAUGGUGGCUAAUUCCAACGGGCAAAACCAAACGUCCAGCGCUGCGUCGCCUGCUCCAAGUCCAAGAUUAUCAGGAACAUCGCCUAAGCUAAGAUUAGGAUCGCAAAACCGUACUAAGCCACCACAGUUAGUCUACUUUGAAAACGAACUAACUAGACUGAUGAAGACAGUCCCAGGAAUUCGGGACGAGCAGGUCCGUGAAAUUGUCGAAUACUUAAGCUCGGAAGAUACCUGGUCGGACUCGUACGACAGCUCAGAUUAUACCAGUUCAGAUCUCGAGGGUGCGGGUGCAGGAGGUCGGCGCUCAGCACUACAGGAACAAAUAUCCCAAAGCUGUCAACAGAUCAUCAGUAAAUUCGAUACUAGUACUGACCUACUGUCCGACAAAGAAGACAGCGCAGGUCCUCCUCUAGGUAGAGACACAGCAUUCGUAUAUCAGAAGCUAGUUCAGAGUUUCACGAAGAUGGCCGGAGACGGAGUCAGUUCCGAUGCCAGUUCCACGCCACAUAGCAGUCCUCCUCUAAUAGCCAAAGUAAUGCAUCACAUUGGAAGUCGCUUGGUGGCUCUGAUGCAUGAAGUGUCCGAAGGUGGUCCGGCAGUUCAGCCUCCAGCUUCGUGGAGACGUUAUCCUCAGCAUCAUCGUACACCGUCUUCAGCUUCCACCACCGAAGACGAUGAUUCCACCUCAGACUCUACCAACCCACCAGCUCAUCUUCAACUUCCUAGAUCCAAAUCUCACGAUCCUUUACUCUUGCUGAAUGGACAUCCUGCUGCCGCUGGCCAGGAAGGCGAAGAGCGUGAAGCCAGUGAUUACGAAAGGUUCUCAUGGAGAGGCAGUUUUGAAUCAGCUCUAAUGGCUGCUGACUCAAGAACAAAACUUAGCCUCCUAGCCUGUUCUGGGGACGUGAGUGCCAGUGCAAGUGCAAGUGCUCUGGCAAUGGCUGCCAAACGACGUAGUGCCGGCGACCUGCUCUUCAAUCCAAAGAGCUUUUCCAGGGAGCAGCUCGACCGAGUUCGCAGCUGCGGGUCAAUCGGUGGUGGCAGCGGCUCGAUUGAAGAGAAAAUUUGGAGCAACAGAAGAAGAUCAUCUGUCCCAGAUGCCAAUACAAGAGGAGAAUCAGGUGCUUCUGCUGGCGACGACGAUACGGAGGAUGAACUAGAAUACACAGGAGAUCCCAGAGCAACGACUCUUCCUCGAGGGAUGCAGGCGGCCGCGACUGCAUCAGCCGCAACGAAUUCCCUGCCCAGGUUACCAGCCAAUGCGUCUGCGGCUCCUGGAGGAUCUUCGAGCAUGCACAAAGCCCACAGUGUGCACCAUUUUCUUCCUCAGCACACUGGAGUCAAGUCCGCUCGAUACCGUCCACCAGGAUUCGCUCGUAACAGCCUUGGCAAUGCUGGAGUCGGUCCUAAACGUGCUGUCAGUGCGCCAGGGCUUCAGAUAUCCGGUUCCCAGGCAUCUGCUGGAAAACGUGAUACAUCCAGGUCGAGAAGGCAGCAGACAAUGUCCCUCUUACCUGGCACAUAUCGUCUAUCCUCCCAGUCCUCGUACACUCAUACGCCAUGCUUGUCGAGAACAAUCAAUAAUGCCGCGUAACGACAUCAUGCGAGUACUUCAAGCCACGUAUCAAUCCUUGGGACAGCAGCAUCCAAAGCUGUAAAAGCGAAUUUAAAGCACUACCCUCCGCCUCGAUAUCAUCGUUCAUCAUUCGGCUGACGUCAAUUGCGAUACCGUACUGAAAAACGUUUGGUCAAGUUCUGCGUGAAUAUGCCGACUCUGUCUUUCGGCUUGCGACAUUCCUACAAGCUGUACAGGCAUCGACCCAUUUUACUAAACACGAUUGUCCAGGCAUUCCACACGAUUCCUCAGCAACGUAGUACGUGGCUACGUCGCUAAUAGGAAUAGCUACCGUUACGUUCUGCGAUGUUGAAUUAAACUUGUGUCGCAAUAUCUCCAGUCUCAGUCGCGUUCUCACUAUUUUUCUACAAGCCAUCGCAGUUCUACCAGGAAUAUACACAAGUCCAACGCAGCUCGUACAAUUAUACUUCAUAGCUACGUGUGCGUUUACCGAGCGAAAACUUAUCGUACAUAACGUAAGCACGCGCUCGAUGUCACAAUUAUGGGCUCCUGUGUACAUCGUGAUUCCAGACGAACAACGUGUUCAGCCAUACUGCACGAAUUAACAUGGCGUUAGUUACUAUCUAGUUGACGUCAUCGGUAGACGGUACGUCGAUGAUACCUCAAACUAGUUCCCGGAGAAUCGCUCAUUGGCGGGUACUUUAAACGGCACCUGGACUUACCUGUUACCGACCUUGAUAUCCAUAGUUUAGUUCAGCUUUCCCAUUAAGAGAUUAACGAAGAUGGCGACGUCGGCGACUGUUUACUGUUAAAACGAAGUAUCUUCGCGAUACAUCGCGAGCGAUAACCCGCGAGCGAAAUCCGCCCGAGCGGAACCGCAAACGACCGUUCCGGAAUGCACGUCAAACUUUUUAGAGGAUUACUUGGAAACGGUUUAUCCCUUCCCAAGGACUGUAACCGGCGUCUCUCCUCGCGCCGGCAUCUUGAAUCCUUAUAGAAAAUUACUGUUCUCUUUGUUUUGCGUUUCAAGACCGAAUAUGAAAUCGCCCGAAGACCAGUUCACGAGAUGCAUACAUAUGGGAAUUUAUAAUGUCAGUCGACCGAAAGUCAUGCUCGUUUGUAUACGACUGUAUCUUAUGGCAGAUACGUGACUCUUUGCGACAAUACUCGUCACGUGUAUCUACCUAGUUAUAUUAAUUUCUGGUAAACAUUGAAAAUUUUUUACACUGCCUAAACUCGCAUAAGGACUGCGCAAUUUUCUUGUCUAUCUUUAUAAGUUAUUCAUGAGAGAUAUAUGCCCUGCAUAGGUAGGGACACGUAAUCGUAUGCCGGAUCUGGACAGUCUAUCGCUCACCUUGACAUACAUAUACUAUACUUUACUAGAAAUUGUAGAAUACACGGGAUCUUGGGUACAUCUUCUAGGCGUCGUGACGGUACUAAAAUUCGAAAAGAUUUACAAAUUGUUAAGUACUCGUAUGAGCAACUUCUAUCAAACGUUAUUUAUAUACUACCGAAGGGAAGCGGAACCGACGUGGAUGCUUAUCAAGGAGUUCUGAUUAGAAAACGCCGUUGAAGCACAGUCCUGAAAGUGCUUUCAGACCAGUCUCGUGUUUCUGGUGGAGCAAAAUCUUAAUUGUAUACUCUUUGGAUACACUAGUUUGGGAGGGCAAAAA